UCGCUUUUUGCAAACGUAAACAAACGAUUUCCUCCAACGCGCGCGCAACAAAAAUCCGCUUUUUCCGUCGUAAAUUUGUUCCGAUCGAUCCAAGAAAACAGACUCCAAAAUGCUCGGCCUCCAGGCGUACGCCAGUGGCAGCGGCAGCAGCAGCAGCAGCAGUGACGAUUCCGACCAGGAAGAUACCACCAAAACAUCAAAGGAACCCACGGAGGAGGAGCUGGCCCACCUGAAGCCACUCCCGGCAGACAGUGCCCACUCGGUGGCGAAAUCGCUGCAGGUUUGUGCCGCUCCGCUGGUGGUGCCAACGGGCCAGGUGGAAACGUCCCGGGUGGUGGCCCCGACGGUCAACGAGCUGAGCUACAAUCCGCGGUACGAGGAGAUGUUCGCGCCGGUGGCGGGUCCGGCCAAUCCGUUUUUGACGCAGCAGAUGCGGGCGCCGAAGAAUAUGCUGACGGGGUUCGUGGAGGCGGCGCACAUCAGUGACUUUCAGUUUGAGAACCAGCGGAAGACGUUCCACAGCUACGGGUACGCGUUGGAUCCGUCGGUGGAGGGUGGGGCGGUUGGGGGUGGGAGUGUGGGGGAGGAAGGUGGUCCGAGUUAUGUGGGGCACUUGCAGGCGGCUUACGACACGGACGGGAAGACGGUGUUUGAGUCUUCGAAGGCGAAUCGGGCGGGGGAUAAGAGGAAGAAGUUGAAGAACGAUAAGCCGGAGGAUGUUGAGGGAUUUUUGGGACCUUGGGGGAAGUACGAGGACGAGGAGUUGGUGUCGAGGCCGAACGAGACCGAGCGGGCUGAGAUUGAGGAGAUGAUGGCCAAGAAGCAGCGGAGGAACCGGGUUACUGAGGACAAACCGAUUGAGGAGAAGUCGGUGCUGCACAUCAAGGACUCGGUUGAUUACCAGGGUCGAUCAUUCCUGCAUCCGCCGCACGACGUCGGAGUCAAUCUGCGGAAAAGUGGUGCCCCCGAUCGGUGCUUCCUGCCGAAGGCCCACAUCCACACCUGGACCGGUCACACCAAGGGCAUUUCCGCCAUCCGGUGGUUCCCCAAGUCGGCCCAUCUUCUGCUGUCCUGCAGCAUGGACGCCCGGAUCAAGAUCUGGGAGGUCUACAACGAGCGGCGUUGCGUGCGGACCUACUCGGGCCAUCGGCAGGCCGUGCGGGACGUGAGCUUCAACAAUCGCGGCGACAAGUUCGUGUCGGCCGGGUACGAUCGCUACCUGAAGCUGUGGGACACCGAAACGGGCGACGUCGUGUCGCGGUUCAGCUCGCGGAAGAUUCCGUUCUGCGUCAAGUUCCACCCGGAUUACAACAAGCAGCACCUGUUUGUGGCCGGGACGUCCGACAAGAAGAUCAUUUGCUGGGACACCCGCAGCGGCGACAUCGUCCAGGAGUACGACCGCCAUCUGGGCGCGGUCAACACCAUCACCUUCGUCGACGAAAACCGCCGCUUCGUGACGACCUCCGACGACAAAAGUCUGCGCGUCUGGGAGUGGGACAUUCCCGUGGACAUGAAGUACAUCGCCGACCCGACGAUGCACUCGAUGCCCGCCGUCACGCUCUCCCCCAACGGCAAGUGGCUCGCCUGUCAGAGCCUCGACAACAAGGUGGUCAUCUUCAGCGCCAUCAACCGGUUCAAGAUGAACCGCAAAAAGACCUUCACCGGCCACAUGGUGUCCGGGUACGCGUGCAACUUGGACUUUUCGCCCGACAUGAGCUACCUCGUGUCCGGCGACGGCGACGGCAAGGUUUACAUCUGGGACUGGAAGACGACGAAGCUGUACAAAAAGUGGCAGGCGCACGACAACGUGUGCAUCUCGACGCUGUGGCAUCCGCACGAGGCGAGCAAGCUGGUGACGGCCGGGUGGGACGGAACGAUCAAGUAUUGGGAUUAGGACGGUGCGAUUUUAAACGAUUUGUUGGGUAUGUUUGAAUGUGAGCGAUGAAUAAAGGGAGUUUGAGCCAAAA